UGACGUAGAAGCCAGUUCGCUUCACGCUGCGAAGUGAAACUUGCUGAUAUCAUUUCACUUUAUAAAAACGCCCCGAGCGAAACAGUUUUGACUCAUUUCUCCUCCCGAACGGGUUGCCACGGAAAAGGCAGCGGCUUCACGUCCACGAUGUCCGGGCACGGCCACGGCCACGGUCACGGGCACAGCUGCGGGUGCGAAGGUGAGCACGAGCCCGCGGAGAGGGGCCUGGAGUACGGGCUGUACCGGCGGAUCGACCUGGAGAAGCUGCAGUGUCUGAACGAGAGCAGGGACGGGGACGGCAAGCUGGUGUUCAAGCCGUGGGACAAGCGGAACGAGCGGGACAAGUUUGUCGAGAGCGACGCAGAUGAAGAGCUGCUGUUCAACAUCCCUUUCACGGGCAGCGUGAAGCUGAAGGGCGUCAUCAUCUCCGGAGAAGACGACGACUCUCAUCCUGCUGAGAUACGACUUUUCAAGAACAUCCCUCAGAUGUCCUUUGACGACACGGGCAGAGAACCGGAGCAGGCGUUCAGACUGAACAGAGACCCCACGGCUGAGCUGGAGUAUCCGACAAAGAUCGCUCGUUUUUCCAACGUCAACCACCUCUCCAUCCACAUCUCCAAGAACUUUGGAGCAGAGAGCAGCCGGGUUUACUACAUCGGCCUCAGAGGAGAGUAUUCAGAGGCCCACAGGCACGAGGUGACGAUCUGUAACUACGAGGCGUCGGCGAACCCGGCGGAUCACAAAGUGGAGAGCAUCAUCCCGCAGACCAACUUCAUUUCCUGAGAGCCGCAGCGAGCUGGGGGAGGAGGACGAGGCGUCUGUUGACUGCUGAGAAGUUCAAAGACGAGUUCAACGCUGUGCGACGGCAAAGGUUGGUCGACAUCGACCGGAAUAACGAGCGCUGGGAUCUGAGGACGACCAGAGAAGCUUCGGAUGUGUCUGGAAGUGCCAAGCUGUUUGUUUUCUGUGGCAAUAAAGAGUUGAGACGGCUUUAAUGUGGGCAGGUAGCUUCGUAAUAAAUGCAUGAAACAUUCGACACGGAUCCAGUCUGCUAUUUAACCCCUUUGCUGAAAAUAUACCCACCGCAGCUGCUAAAGAUAAAGUGAGAGCUGCUGCAGCCGUGAAAACCUUUAAAGAAACUUGAUUUGCUUCUUUAAACAUCGUAAACAGAGUUCUGCGUCAUGUGCCAUUUAACGAGCCGACACACUGUCUGACAAACGCUGCUGGAUGUUUUCGUGCCACCUAGUGAACUGUUUUUGUGACUGCGUUUUCAUCCAAUCAGGAGCUUUUCUCUUAACACACUUUGCUAUUUCCUGGAGCUUUUGAGUCAGCACUUAUUGUUAUAAUCUCAUUAAAAAACAUCUGAUCACA